UUUGGAUGAGGCUUGAGCUUGGGCAUGAACCGAUAGUGGGGAAAGGUUUUCAUUAUGAGUAUCACGCAAAUCAAACUUUGUCACUAGUCCUGCUCUGUGCUGCUCGCUCGGGAAUGGAAUAUUUGAAAGAAGAUGACGCUUCUUUAAACAAAUGGACGAUGAAACAACCGUUCUUUCAGAAGAAUCCUUCGGCAAAGAAAAAUGCACUACAGUAGCCAUAAUGAUCUCUUGGACCCUGUGGUUGUUGGAUCAGUAAGAAUGCGCUAUCUACUUGAAUUCAACUGGAACACGCCGGACUGUUACACUGUUUUGGAAUAUGAGACAUUUUGGAGGAGGCUUUCGUUGGUCAGGACAAGUUGACGAGAAGGAUUUAAAUGUUGGACUUAUGGAUCCUUGCUGAGACAUCCCACCUUCAAACAUACAUUGAGCAACAGGCAAUAGUGUAAGUUUUUGUUCACUUGUGGCGCAAAACUUUUGUUGAUGUUUUAUUAUGGUGGAAUGUUCACAUUUACUUCUACCGUUACAUUAGCCUAAUACUUUUACUGCCUGUGAAACAACGGUGAAAAUGAAAGGCAAUCUCUCAAGAACGAAAACAUGACAAUCAUCAGAGACAGCAAAAAGUACAUUUGAAAAUAUUUUAGUACUACCAAGUUCCAUCAACACGUGUCUCAUGCCCGUUCGGGCUUAAGGACAGUGCUGGAAAACAGACACUUCUGAUGACAAUUAGCCACAGACUCUUGAAAAGGGGAGGGGUAUAAACUGGGCUGAAAAAAAAAACACAUCUGGAAUUUGCAUUAUGGCAGCAGAAUGGAUUGGGCGGUCUGUAAUCCUGCUCUGUCUCCUGGCAGUGGGGCUUGCCUUCUCAGGCAUUUUCAAUGUCUCCGACAAACAGCCUCUUUUCAGUGAGGACAUGGAUCUGGUGAAACCUCUGGCAGGCAACUCCACCACAGAGCCCUGGAAACUCAUGUCCACUAACCUUCAUCCCAGUCUCUUCUUCGACCAGGUUGAGCUCAAGUCGCUGAAGAAGAAGGCGAGAACAACGAACAAACAUAUUUUCAAAGUGAUUCACAAAGCUGUGGAUACCAUGCUGUCCAGCCCCGCCAUGUACCUGCCACCUGAAAACCACCAGGAAUUUGGCAGCAGAUGGAACGAGAUUUACGGGAACAACUUGCCCCCACUCGCACUCUACUGCCUGCUCUGUCCAGAUGACUCCGCGGCCUCACAGUUCCUGGUGAAAUAUAUGGACAGAAUGGCCGAAUAUCCAGACUGGAUGGUGACCAGCGCGCCCAACGACGAGGUGCCCAUGGCCCACUCGCUCACUGGUUUCGCCACGGCGUAUGACUUCAUCUACACCUACCUGGACACAAAGAGGCGGGUUCAGUACCUGAAGAAGAUUCGUGCUGCCACUCACGAUCUGUACGAGCUGUCUAAGCACAGGGGGUGGGGGAAGCAGUUCCUCCAGAACCAUCAGACCACCAAUAUCAUGGCCAUCCUCACGGGCGCUCUUGUUGUGGGGGAGCACAACGACCCAGAGACGAUGAUGUGGAAGCAGGUGGUGGUGAACUACAUGGAGAAAACCAUGUUUCUUCUGAACCACGUGGUGGAUGGGUCGUUAGACGAGGGCGUCGCAUAUGGCAGUUACACUGCAAAAUCAAUCACACAGUACGUUUUCCUCGCCAGGCGCCACUUUCAUAUCGACAACACGCAAAACCAUUGGCUGCGGGCACACUUUUGGUUCUACUAUGCCACCCUUCUCCCAGGUUUUCAAAGGACAGUAGGCAUUGCGGACUCUAACUACAAUUGGUUCUACGGCCCUGAGAGUCAGCUGGUGUUUUUGGACGCUUUUGUCCUCCAGAAUGGCACGGGGAACUGGCUCGCUCAGCAGGUCAGGAGACACAGGCCCAAGGAUGGACCAAUGAUGCAGUCAGCAGCUCAGAGGUGGGCCACUUUACACACAGAGUUCAUCUGGUACGACGGUGAGAAUGAGCCCCAGCCUCCACCAGGCUUUGGCGAAGCCAACAUGCACAUCUUCUCGAACUGGGGAGUGGUGACGUACGGGGCCGGGCAGCCCUACGGAGAGGGAAACACGUUCGUCUCCUUCAAGUCUGGGAAGCUGGGCGGCAGGGCUGUGUACGACAUCGUCCACGCCAAGCCGUACUCCUGGGUGGAUGGCUGGUCCAAUUUCAACCCGGGCCACGAGCACCCAGACCAGAACUCCUUCACCUUUGCUCCCAACGGGCAGGUGUUUGUCUCCGAGGCACUGUACGGACCCAAGUACAGCCACCUGAACAACGUCCUCGUCUUCUCUCCGUCUCCGACGAGCCAGUGCAACCAGCCGUGGGAGGGGCAGCUGGGCGAGUGUGGGAAGUGGCUCUGCUGGGGGGACAAGGAGGUGGGCAGCACCGCGGGGGAGGUGGUGGCCGCGUCCUCUCACCGGGACACCCUGUUCGUCAGCGGCGAGGCCGCCUCGGCCUACUCCUCCGCCAUGAGGCUGAAGAGCGUGUACCGGGCCCUGGUGCUGCUGAACUCUCAGACCCUGCUCGUCCUGGAUCACGUGGAGAAGCAGAAGGGUUCGCCUCUGGGGGCCCUCAGCGCCUUCUUCCAUAACCUGGACAUCGAUUUGAAGUACGUGCCUCACCGGGUCUUUGAGAAGUACAACGGCGCGCUGAUGGAUGUGUGGGAUGCACAUUAUGAAAUAUUUUGGCUGGACAGUGAAGGUUUGAGUCCUGUUGCCAGGAUACAAGAGGCUGAGCAAGUCGCUGAGUUCAAGAAGCGGUGGACUCAGUUCAUCAAUGUGACUUUUCCCAUGACAAACGCAGUCACCAGGAUAGCGUAUCUGAUGCACGGGCCUUAUGUUAAAGUUUCCAGCCUCAGGUUUAUUGACAAUAGCAAACAUGGCGUCAGAUUAUCUCUCAAAGUGAAUGAUACGGAAACAACAGUGUCAGUUGUAACAAACUAUCAAGAUAUCGGUGCCAGAUUUAAUUAUUUAGGUUUUAGUGGCUUCGCUAAAGUAGAAAACAAGCAUCAAAUUGUAUAUUUUGGUCAAGGGAUUCAAACUGCAGUCAGUGACAAUGAAUCAGAUUCUUUUUCUCACACUGGAUUUCUUGUCGCUACAGUUGGGGGAAUAAUGCUCUUUAUAGCUGUAGCAUAUGUCAGGAGAAAAAGAACACUAAACAUACCCUUACACUGGCUCAUGCGUUACACUUUAAUUCUCAUCCUCCUCUUCUGGCUCUUUGAGUUUAUGCUUCUUUCUAAUGGCUGUGCACGGUUCAUAUGCGGCACGAAAUCCAGCAGGAUCACAGAGGGUCUCAGAGACUCUGUUUCUCUCUCCCCUGAGUUCGCGAGCACCCUGCCAUCCACCGUCAUUACAUCCCUGCCGGGUUCCGGGUCUGAGAUCCUCGAGCAGCUGUUCUCCAACAGCUCUGACUUUGUGUACAUCAGUGUCUCCCCUGCCCAUCUGGAGGUGCCCAGAACAGAGUUUGCAUUCGACACGCUAGUGGACGCAUGCGAGUGGGCCAAGUCGGACGCCCAGAGUGGCCAAUUCAAAGCGAUCCAGGGCUGGUUUCACUCCGUGGCGCUCAAUGUCAGGUUACACCUGCAGAACAUCCAGCUUCCUCGCGGAAACGAGAACCGGCCAAUCAAAAAAAACAAAGGGAAGAGCGUUGGCAGGCGGCCACUGGCACAGCAGAGAGGCCGAAAGCAAGGCAGCGCGAGGCACUCGGAGUACACCAGAGAGCUGUGGCGCCACGCGGCGACCUACCGAAACGCCCGGCCCAUGCUGAACCUGGCCAGCGGAGGCUGGUCUCUCAAAGUGCCUUUCAUUCAGGAGGUGAUCGGGCCCUCGUUCCGGGCGAUCUACGUCGUACGAGACCCACGUGCGUGGAUUUACUUGAUGCUGUACAGCAGCACGCCAAGCCUCUACAGCCGUAAAAAUGUCCAGAAGCACCUCUCGGCACUCUCUCGGCUGGAGGGCAAUGGUGGUGGUGGUGGUGGUGGCCAGGUGUGCACAAAGUUCAGCGCUGAGUUCCAGGCGGUGAUACGAUUGCUCGCACAGCCAGAAGCAGAGCCGGUGAAACUCCUGGCCCAGGUGUGGCUGGCACACACCACCGCGACCGUCCGGAUCAACCGCGACUUGCCCACAGACAAUUUCAUGCGAGUGAAGUUUGAGGACAUAGUGCAUUUCCCAGAGGACACCGCAGGGAAGAUACACUCGUUUCUGGGGGUGCCUGUGUCCCCAGCAGCCUUAAACCAGCUCAUAUACAGCACCUCCACCAACCUGUACAGCCUGAUGUACGAGGGGGACAUAUCACUGGCCACCAUCAAUGCUUGGAAGGACAACAUGAACUACAAUGAUAUAAAAGCCAUUGAGGAUGUGUGUUGGCCUGUUAUGCAGAACAUGGGAUAUGAGAGAUUCACAAUCUAGGGUUAUCGCAAUUCCAACUUUUGUAAUGUUCUUUUUUUACAAACUGCCUUCCACUGCAAUAGGUACCCUGAAUUUAAUGUCAGACAGCAUUAAGGAUGUAGGCCAUACAUCUUUUGCCACAAUUUGCAAUGGUGUUUCAGAUACAGCAUUUGCUACAGUACUUGCACUGUUUGUUUACAACUCCUGCACAUGUAUAGUAAAGAGCAUAUUAUGUGCAGCCAUGUUUGACCAGGACAUAUGCCGUUUUUGGCUUUGAUAUUUUAUAUCUGUAUAAAUAAUCUCUUUCAUGAAGGUCUUUUUCAGAGUUUUCAUAUUCCAAUCAACCAAGUAAAGUAUACAGGGUAUGAGUCAGCAAAACAUUGUUUUGUUAAUGAUCUUAUACAAAUUUCAGCGUUGAUUGUAUAAUGUGAUUCAAUUUCAGAGUAUGAGUGAUCAAUACAGUGAGUAGUUUAAAGCAGCAAUAUUAUAUCCUACAGUUAGUAUUUUUACUAGGAACAGACAGACUCCAAUGCUGGAGUGCUGCUUGGACUUCCUGGCAGGGGAGUGCCUGACUCAUUGAGAAGUCAUUCAAAGCACAUUCAAUUUGCUUAACAAAGUUAUUUAAACCAGUUCCUAUGAAAAUGUGUAUCAUCUGGAAUGACUCUUGGCUCUUGUCCUUGAUUGAGAAAGCAUCUCCUAUGAAGGGGCAUCUGUGGAUACUGCUGUAGGCUAUUGUUUGAUGCCGGUAUGUUGUGGCAAUAGGGGCAUGGUUUUAUUGCAAGAGAAUGACUGGUAAGGAAAGAUGAUAAGGUAGGCAGUUCUGCACAGAGAAAAGGAAGCCCAUGAGGAGAUUUCCCACUUGUGGUUGUUGUUGUUGACUUCUAAAUUCCUUUGUUUCCGUCUGAGAUAAAGUUAGCUCAAAUGCAACCAGAUUAUGAACCUCUGCCAACUCGACAUUUUAGUGCUCUUGUGGAAUGUCAAAAAUCCUGACAGUGAGAAAGUGGCUUUUGGCAGCCAUUCUUAAAACAUGCAGCAAGUGCAGUGCUUUUGUUUACAAGGAUUACCUUGAAUUGUUCUGUGGAAGCAAACAAGUCAUUCUGGGACAGCCUGAUGUAGGUUAAAAGUGAUAUUGAAGGAUCAUUUCAGUACAUGGUUAAAUAAACAUGGCAUUCUGAUGAAAUCGGUACAGUGACACAGUACACAGUGCAAAUACAGUAGCUGCAAUUCUUUGUCUAGAAGUUAGAUGAGGAGAAGAGUCUAGAAGAGUCUAUGAGGACGCAUUCAGGAACCUUCUCAACCACCAUAUGUGUCUCAAACAAUCCAUGAAACAGUAUUUCAUCAACACAGCACCUUUUGUCACAUGAAUAAACAUUUGUUAGCAAAGCUAUGUAAAGCAGAAUCUGCGUGGGUCGAUUCAAUAAAAGGCUUCUUCUGCUGUGAAAAGCCACACAACCUGCAUCCCACAUUCAAAAUGUUUCAAUCACAAUAAAUGUUCUGCAUUGUGUUGCGCAGGUGCCAUUGGAACAGGAGUGCAAUCACAAAAUGAAUCUUCUGUUUUAACAAUCAUUUCCCUAAACGCAGCCGUUUUACAUGACAAACAAGAAUCACACCAUUGAUUUAGAACAAAAAAGGCCUUCAUGGCAUUUGCACCAAAACAGCAGAGCGUUGGUGUGCGGCGUGCGCUGCAGGGAUAAACAAUGGCUUGGUGCUGAUGGACAGGAGAUGGACGUUAAAUAUUCAUGCAGGACCGAGCCUCU